AUGGUGCUGCUGCUGGUCAUCCUCAUCCCGGUGCUGGUCAGCUCGGCCGGCACCUCGGCGCACUACGAGAUGCUGGGCACCUGCCGUAUGGUCUGCGACCCCUACGGCGGCACCAAGGCGCCCAGCACGGCGGCCACGCCCGACCGAGGCCUCAUGCAGUCCCUGCCCACCUUCAUCCAGGGGCCCAAGGGGGAGGCCGGACGGCCGGGCAAAGCUGGGCCCCGCGGCCCCCCGGGGGAGCCGGGACCGCCCGGCCCGGUGGGGCCGCCGGGUGAGAAGGGCGAGCCGGGGCGGCAGGGUCUGCCCGGUCCCCCCGGCGCGCCGGGGCUGAACGCGGCUGGGGCCAUCAGCGCCGCCACCUACAGUACCGUGCCCAAGAUCGCCUUCUACGCCGGCCUCAAGCGGCAGCACGAGGGCUACGAAGUGCUCAAGUUCGACGACGUGGUCACCAACCUGGGCAACCACUACGACCCUACCACCGGCAAGUUCACCUGCUCCAUUCCCGGCAUCUACUUCUUCACCUACCAUGUGCUCAUGCGGGGCGGCGACGGCACCAGCAUGUGGGCCGACCUCUGCAAGAACAACCAGGUUCGAGCUAGUGCGAUUGCUCAGGAUGCUGAUCAGAACUACGACUAUGCCAGUAACAGCGUGGUUCUUCAUUUGGAGCCAGGAGAUGAAGUUUACAUUAAAUUAGAUGGAGGAAAAGCACAUGGAGGAAACAACAACAAAUACAGCACAUUUUCUGGAUUUAUUAUUUAUGCUGACUGA